GCAAGUGCUCCUCCGCACCAGCCAGUCAAAAGCGAAAAACACAACAAGCACUGCUGCCUCUGCUGUGUUGCUUGCCUUUUUCGCCGUUGUGCGUGCGUGCGUGUGUGUGCGUUGCAUUCUCAUUCCCCACCAAGCAAGAAGCAAGCAAGCAAGCCGUGUUGUCUUGUCGUUGGUUCUUUCCUCCUCGCUUGCUUCCCUCUGUUUUCUCUUUCUCCCCCUCCCCCGUUCCCCUUCGACCCGUCGCUCUCUUUGUCUCUGUGCGUGCCUUCCUCUUGACACCCCCCUCCUCCUCCUCCUCCUCUCACCCAACUCGGCAUGGCGACGGUGCUGGUCAGUGGUGACCACGCGACAGCGCGGGAACAGGCGCCUGCCCCCGCCAAUCACGACGAUGAUGACAUGGAAGGAAGCGAAGAUAUCGUCGAUGACAGCGACGGUGGCGAGCACAGCCCAGAUGCUUCACACCCGUCGACCGUCACCCAUUCCCCAUCAGCGACCCAGACGAGGGCAAAGAAACAUCCCCGGCACCGACGAGAGGACGAUGAUGAUGACAGCGAUGAGGACGACGACGACGACGACAGCAGCGAUGAGGACGGAGGCGGUAGGCGGUCUCAAGGCAUUGGAAAGAGUGCUGUGAGCAACAACGGCGCCGCGGCAAACACAACAGCAGCAGAAGCAGUGAGUGUGUCAUCCCUGUCCUCCACGCCACAGCAGUCGCGCGACCCGACCACAUCUGGGCCGACCAGCGGACAAGAAAGCGGCGACGAAGCAAGCAGCCACGACUCCAGCGUCUCCAAGGACAGCACAGCUCACGCCACGCCGUCAACGAUGUCAGCAGCGACAACGACGUCAACAGCGACAAGGCCGACAAAUGCCAAGAAGAAGGCAUCAACAAACACGCGGAUAUCUGCGGCCGGCAUGGCAUCCAAGACCAAUCACAGCCCCUCAACGCGCACCGGGGACAGUGGCAGUAUCGACGGUGGUCUCAAUGGCAAGGGCGAGCACAGUGAAGCCAAGGCAUCAGCAUCUGUAGCCGCUGCUGGUACUGUUGGUGAAGAAGACGAUGCGGUGCCAGCGAAGAAGGCGAAGACAAGCAGCAGUGCACAAGCAAGUGCAGCCAAGAAGGGACCAACGACAACAUCAUCGUCGGUGUCGUCUUCUUCCACACCAUCAUUGUCAUCAGUAGCAAAGCGGGCCAAGUCCAAAGCGGCGGCGUCCACGCCAGCAGCGAAGCGAGCGAAGACGCAGCAGAAGAAGGCGCCAAGUGGAAACGGUAACAAGGGCGGCAAUAGUGACAACGGUGCAGCGAAAGCGUCGACACCCACCACCACCGGCACCCACGGCAACAACGGUACUAACGGAUCCACAAAGGGCAAGGCGUCAUCACCAUCCACCCCUUCAUCGUCGUCGUCAGCGGUGGCGUCAAACCGGAAGCGCCCGAAGAAGGAAAUCAACACGGUGACGGAGGUAGUGCGUGGUGGCACUUGCGCCCCCCUUGCAAAGAAUCUCGAAAAAUGGCUGCUCAAGAACAAGACGUGGUGGAUCUCGGAGCCGCCCGGUUCGAAGCGGCCGUGGAAGAAAUCAAAGAAGCCAAAGGAUCCGUGGAAGGAGUUGCCAAAUCAACUUGCGGAGGCAGCAGGUGCGGGCGGGGACGGCGCGUGUACGGCGCUGGCUGCGCAGGUGCAGGAGCUGGCGAGCAAAGGAGAGGCCGCGAUGGGCAAAUACGACUACGGCGAUGGCGCCGUGUGGUUUCGAAAGGCGCGCAAUGCGCUCUCGCAGCUGCACAUGCAGAUGAUCCACGCACGCAAGAAUGGCACUGGCAGCGGUGUUGGUGGUGGUGGCAAGGUGGAAGCGGGUGUGAAGGAAGCUGGUGGUAACGGUGGUGACAAGCGUGCGGACAACGUCGCUGGUGAUGGUGAUGGUGAUGGUGAUGGUGAUGGUGAUGCAUCGAGAAGCACCGCAAAGGCGGCCGGCCAAGCAAAACCUGCUGUGAAGACAGAGGCAGAGGACAAGGACGGCAGCGACGGCGCCAAUGGCAGCGAGAACGCGAAAGAGACGAGUGCAGCGUUACGUGCAUCCACUUCAAACGCCAGAAUCACACCUUCCCCUCCUCAACCAGCGACUUCUUCCUCCUCUUGUGCCGCCACCGACACCAGCGCGAAGAAGGGAGGCAGUGGCGAGCGUGCUGACAGCAACUCCAUGGUGCAGGAAACCGUGCAGCAGGACACACGGAGCACUCAAGCGACUAGUGGUGGUGACAGUGGUGACAGUGAUAAUAGUGGUGGUGAUAGUGGUGGUGAUGGGGCGCAAUCAGGGGAGACUUCACCGUGAUGAUGAUGUUGAUGGCAUGUGAGAGAGCGAGAGACAGAGAGACAGAGAGAGUGUUUGUGUGUGUGCGUGUGUGUGCGUUUGCACCAACUUCUGCGUGUAACUGCCCAUCUUCUUCUUCCUCUUUCUCUUGUGUGUAUGUAUUCGACCACUGCAGCCGUGUCACCGCGGGCCUUGGCAUUGCGGUGGUGCCGGUGUUGACGGAGAAUGCCACGUCCCGCCAUCUCCACCCCCCCCCCUUUUUUUCCUUCCAUAGUCUCUGCUUGCUUACUUGCUGACUUGCAUUCGCUUUGCAUUACAUUCGCUUGCUUGCUUGCCAUCUUUUGAUUGGACGAUUGAAACGACCCAACACAA